AUGGGGGCGGCAGACCUUGUCCUUUUGCGCCACGUGGCGGCCAGCCAGGGGCUGAUGCUGGAGAGCACGGCUGAGGGGCUGAUGCAGCCCGGUGGGGCGCACUGGGGCUGCCCGGAUAAGGAGCCGAGCGUGAGGCUGGCAACGAUCGAGGCUGCUGGUGAGUUUUCAGGGGUAAAAGGAGCUGCCCGUAUACCCUUUACAGGCGGUCUCCUUGUGGGCAUAGGCGAAUCGAAGGCUGACAGACUAAGGGACUUAUUGAGCUUGCGGGACCUACACUGUCGCUAUGGGCACAUACAAGAAAUCAUUAUCCAGCCAUUCAGAGCCAAGGGGCAGACGAGGAUGGGGGGGUGGGAACACGCAGAAGUGGAGGAGGUGCUGUGGAGCGUGGCGGUGGCGAGAAUCGUGUUCGGGGCUCGUAUGAGCAUCCAGUCGCCGCCCAACCUCAGUCGCCACCCCACCUCAGGUGAGGCUGUGGUGGGUGGGGUGCGGGGGACGAGGAUGAGGGGUUGGGGCAUGCAGAGGCGGGGAGCUGCUAUGGAGCGUGGCGAUGGCAUGGAUUGUGCUUGGUGCAUGCAUGAGCAUCCAGUCGCCACCCAACCUCAGGUGAGGCUCUCUGAGGCGCCUAAAAACUCAUCAGAGGCGGAGGAGCUGCUGUGGAGCGUGGCGAUGGCACGCAUCGUGUUUGGGGUUCACAUGAGCAUUCAGUCCCCGGCCAACCUGAGUGCGGGGAACUUGGCUCAGGGUGCUCUCAUAGCAGCGGGGAUCAACGACUGGGGAGGGAUCUCACCAGUCACCGUUGACUGGGUCAACCCUGAGGCCCCCUGGCCGCACAUUCACGAGCUGGCAUCAGUCACUGCAGCUUCUGGGAAGGUUCUCGUGCCUCGCCUGCCUGUUUACCCGAGUUUUUUGUCACUGCACAACCAAGACACGUGGCUG